AUGUCGCACCUCGUCUACUUUGACGUCUACGAUUCACUCCAGGCUUAUACAAAGGCUACAAAACGGCGUAAUGCUCAACUUGGUGCCCUUUCGGCGUCUCCUCCCCAGUAUUUAGCGAAUAGUGGGACAAAACUGGCAAACGAGAACUUCGUAGCAGUCAAAGAUGGAGCCGUUCUCAGGGAGAUCCACCAUCAUCUCUUCAAGAGAUAUGCUCUAUCGGAUCGUGUCAUCAAGGCCCGCAAACUCCACCAUGGUCAUUUCUAUGCCCAAACAAUGGACUAUGGCCAUGAAAAGUAUCUGAAGUCACUUGUAACGCAGAAGUUGACGGUGCAGAAAGCCCUGGAACGUCUUACACAGCGCUGGGUUGAGGUGCUCUCUCGGCAACAGAAAUGGUACCAGUGGGCGCGAGAGUACCCGGAGGAGGAAGCGCAACAACGCGAGAAUGAACAGAAGAAGAUUUGCGCCAGCAUUGACUUCGGUCCUAUCGAUGAAAAAGGUGCAAUGAAACGAGAUGGUUGGCUGCAUUUCAGCAUCAUGGUAAGGGAGUGCGGUUUGCACAAAGCCGUUGAGCUGUGCAAGUCAUGUGAUGAAUUCUUCGAGCUGAACAUUUUAACACUUUACCGCUACUUUCCAUCUCCUGAGUGGCUUCCUUGGGCGGAAGACUAUGGGACACGGCAAUAUCUCCUAAUCGUUUUUUUCUCUUAUGUCACCUUCAACGAGGCCUCUAUGCUCAUGGUCAGCAAACGCGCUUGCAAUCUGUCAGGCCGUCGCAUCUAUGCUUCGUCUGAGAUGAGAAACUACAUCUGCACUUACAUGAAACGCAACCAUCCGGUCAGCCGUCGUUUCACCCAGUACAUGUCAAUGCAAACUCCAAGAAUGUUGAUCUUGGUGAGGGACGGGAAGACUGGGCGGAUUAUUGUGACGCCAUCAAUGGACGAACUAUGGCUCAUUCGAUCUAAGUAUGGAUAUGGAAGCAAUGCCAAAGCCGCGUGGGAAACCGAGAAAUAUGUUGGACCCAAAUUCUUCGAGGAGAUAGACAAUUAUCGGAGGUUCAGUUUCGGCUUCGACGACUAUUAUGAUAUCUACAUAUGGAGCAAAAAUCCGGGAGGUCCGGGGAAAAUACUACAUGCCGGUGUUAUGGAGGUGCAAGGCUCCAGAUCUCUGUUCCGGUCACAACUGCUAAUGCCAUUCAGAUGCUGUAUAAGGCGAACCAGAUCGGACACAACUGAGGACCUAUACGCCACAUUCGCUCCAAUUCUGAAGACUGUAACUCAAGAUGAGAACACAUUGGCUGCCCGAGACAAUCGAGAGGGUGAAAAGGCUCAAUCAAUCUGGGAUGACAUACGAAGUACUCGUUUGAAUGGCGGACACCGGCUGGUGAUGUUGCUUUAG